AUGAACAUCUUGCCUAUCUGCGCAAUUUUAAGUCUAUUUUGUACUCUUUUUUUUAUUUUCUUCAUCGAUAGCACUAUUAAACCACGCAUCAUUAAUUAUGCCGAUCGACUUUUGAUCGCUUCUCAAGUUCGUGACAGGGAUGAGCUCCGCUUAGCAGAGGCUAACACUCUAAUUGGUCAGUGGCGUCUAAAAAAGUGGCUUCCUCUUUCAUUGACCAACAGAUUCUAUUAUGGCGGAAGUAAUAAUUUCCUCAUUCUAAUGAUAACGUCGAAUAGAGGCCAUCGGAAAAUUGACGUUUUUGAACCCUACUACCUUACACAAACCUCAGUCACCCUAGUUAAAACACUGUUGUCUGCGAAAGCAAGGGCCUUUGAAGCCAUAGGCAAGGUUGACCUCCUCCUAUGCUCAGUUGGAAGUGUGAACGACACGGACGGUGUUGCAUUCAAUUCGGAAUUAAAGCGUCUUCGUCGAGUUUUCGGACCGAACUCGUUUGUUCAGCCAUCAAAAAUCUUUGAUGGUCUCUGCAAAUCCGUCCUUGAUACAAUAUCGUGCAUUUCUCUAGGACUUAAGCGUUAUUCGGCGUCCAAUUAUGUCGUUCUUCUUGAAGAUGACUUUUUAGUUACUGAGACCUUUCUGCCAUCAUUGAAUAUCUAUGCUAAUCGAACAGAAGCGAAUUUGCUUCGUCUAUAUUCAGGUUCCGAAAACGUCGUUCAUGAUCCUACACUUGGUUUAUACAUGUUUCUACUGUACUUGGUAGCAAUGUUUCCCUUACUGGUAGCAUUCUGCUUCAUCUAUUCCCGAUUCAGUAAAAGAGGUAUUUGGUGUCUGGCUGCGGCGAUGUUAAUAGUAAUCGUGCUUCUUGUGCGUAAAGACCAUAGCAAACCCAAUUCCCUCACGCUUUCUCCAUCGAGUGAUUUGAAACGAGUAGCAACUGGAGCUGCUGUUGUUUUACCGAAGAACUUAGCGGAGAAGCUAGGGCGCACCGAUUCGCGGACUGUGUGUGCAUCGUCAAACUCCGUGCAGUCAAAAACUGAUCUCGUUGCCAGAGGCGCGAUGGAGCUCAAACUUAGUAUUCUCGAUGUACAUCCACCCGCCGUCAUUCACAUUGGCAUGUACUCCCAAAAUCGUGAUUACAUUUACGAUCCCCUUCUCUUUCCUCAUUGA